AGUGUCAUUACUAGUACUAAUACAGUUCAUUGAUUCAGGUCAUUUUUCUUGGAAACAAUGCAGGGAGAAAGCAACAGUUUCAAUCCCUUCCAAGAAAUUUACUACUUGUUCAACAGCGAAUCUGGUCCAAGAAUACUGAACUUGCUUCAACUGAUGGAAGCACCUAAUCCUCAACAGGACCCACUUGGUCAACCUGGUUUUAGCCAGGAACCCGGUCAUCGCGCCAGUUUUGAUCUUUUGACUUGGGAACGAUCACCUUCUCCGCUACCUGGUUCAAGGUUCGAAGGAAGGCAUUUUGAGCCAAACACUACCCCUUACCAGGGUGGCUCAAGCUCGGACUCAGGACUCCAUCUCUCCAAUGGCACCCCGUCAACUUUUCAAGUGGCUAAUUUUGGUGCACCACCGGGAGGCAUUGACCUAAAUCUUCCAUCCAUUUACAGUCCUUUUGGCCCUAUUGUGCUAACUUCAAGGACAGCUCGAUAUGAAGUGGAUGAUAAUGCCAUCUUGCAGAAUCCUUCAGCAGAUGGAAGACAUUUUUUGUUGGCAAGAAGAGAACCAGAAGAUGCUUCUAGACAGUUGUCUGUGGGUGGUAGUUCAAGCUCUUCUCAGCAAGCUCAGAACUAUGAACAGCAGGUUGGCAUUUUUGAACAGCUUGGUGUUGUUGCUCGAGGAAACACCAGCGGCAGCGUAAACCGAUAUGAACCACUAAACCUGAAUACCAAUCGAAAUUCUCUGACCGGACUCUCAGAGAGCUCUCAGAGAAAUGUCCAUUAUAGAAGGACAACUGACUUCCAGGGAUACAUACCGACUUGGCCUUCAAACAGUGUUAACGUGCAAUCGCAUAGCCAACCAACACUGCAUUUUCCAUAUGACCCUUUUCUAAAUUAUGCUAGCUCAUCAGCAGCUCCGUUUAACGCAACCCCAGGUGCCCAACCAAUUACUCAGGGAUAUAACUUUUUACAAAAUUUACAUCCUACACAAUUGAAUGGGGAAAACAUGUUUGAUGGUUUUCAUCAAGAGCAUAACUCAAUGGACAGAUCAGCAAGCUAUAUGAUUAGUCCUUCUGAUUUCAUAACUCCGGUGUUUGAACGGGGAUAUUUGGAGAACAGGCAUUGGAACAUGAACAUGGCCUUUCAUGAAGCAGGAAGCUUGGCACACGGUGCAGGAAUUAUUGCAGCAAAUCUUCAUGCACCUUCUACUUCAACAUUUCCCCAAACAAAUUGGGCCAACCAACACAUAAUGGAAAACCUCGUCGUGAAUGGCUUGGAGUCGUCGCAAGGUCAUUACCACCACCCAAUGCAUGGUGUUCGUACUACUGUGAAUCAAAUGGAAGUUUCCAUCGGAGGUGAUCAUGGUCAUGCCAGCUCCACUCAGGCAGGUCAAAGAGUUGCGAGACGAGGAGUUAGAGGACCAUCCCCUCGCAUCCGAUCUCCAACUGCUGCUCAAAGGAGAAGAAGAUUAAUAAAUGAGGUUCGUGAAGCCUUGGACAAUUUCAGAAGGGUGGGUGGCGAACAUUUUCUGGAGCUAAUUGUCCUGGGAGAGCAAUUCGAAAUCAUUGCAAAUGAGGUAGAGCAAAUCCAAGUCGUUGAAAAUGGAUUAACUGAGGACACAAUCAUGGCACGUCUGAACGGGGAAACAUAUCAUCCUGCUGAGGCAGAGGAACACAGGGCAUGCGGUAUCUGCCUGGAUGAGUAUGCUGAAGGGGAUCUUCUGGGGAAGCUGGAUUGUGGACAUGACUAUCACUUCGAGUGUAUCAAACAAUGGCUUAUGAGGAAGAAUUCAUGCCCCAUGAAUAAGAAGCCCAUUGUCAUUAACAUGACAGUAGCUCCAAAGGACAAUACUUCUGGCGAGAAAGAACACCAUUUCAGCAAAAGAGGUGCAUUUACAGAGAACUUGCCUUUAGAAGUCGACAGCAAUCUGCAAUGGCCUAAUACUGCAUAUGCCAAUAAUUCUUCUAACCCUAUUGUGCUAACUUCGAGGACAACACAAUAUGAAGUGGAGGAUAAUGUCAACUGGCAGAAUCCUUCACCAGAUGGUAGUUCAAGCUCUCAACGAGCUGAGAACUAUGAACAACAGGCUGGUUUUUUUGAACAACUUGGUGUUGCUGCCCAAGGAAAUGCUAGAGGCAGGUUGAACUUGAAUGCCAAUAUCACAGAACAGGCUGGAUCCUCUAGGAGGAAUGUUCGUUUGAGAACAUAUGAACAACAGCAUUCCAUGCCUACAGAGAAUUGCAUUUAAUACAUGUUUGCUGGAGAGUUGACAGAUCUGCACCAUUUUCUUCAAAAUGCAUUUUGUAGUCUAGUAAUCAAAUCUCAACCUCCAAGCAACUAUUAAAUACACCUAUUUCAU